AUGAUGCAAUUUUCUAGGGUGUUAGUGGAGAUUGAAAUAUCAGAUGAGGUUCCUAAGCCCAUUCAAUUUUUGAAUGAAAGAGGUCAAUUAAUGGAGCAAUUAGUGGAAUUUGAAUGGCUACCGACUCAGUGUAAGCAAUGCAGAGUUUAUGGUCAUACUGAGGCUUUAUGUAACAGGAAAAAGGGUGAGGUUUGGAGACAGAAAGAAAGGAAAACUGAAGGAGAAACUAAGCAAAUGUCCUCUGAUCUGACAACUGUAGCAAGUACUACUAGUUUAGCUGAUGAGGUAGUCUCCAAAGACAACCAGAACGAGGUGUCUAAGGAGAGAAAUGACUCCCAGUUGAAAGCAGUUCCUUCUGAUGCAGACAUUGGUAAAGUCUUCAAAAACUUUCAGGUAGGUGUGGGUAAGGAGAGAUAUGACAAUAAUGAGGCUCAAGAGGCAGAUUGGAUCACUCCUAAAAGAAUGGGUGGUGUGAAGCACUUAGCUCCUAAUGCUCAGAAUAAGUUGAGAAACACAUACAGUGUUUUGCAAGAUAAGAGAAUGGAGAUUAGUACUUUGUCAGUGGAAGUCUUACAAGAUAGUGACCAAUUUAUACAUGCUUAUGUUAAAGAGUUGUGUUCGGAUAGGGAAUUCUGUUUAACAUUUGUGUAUGGCAGAAACACUAUUCAGGAGAGGAUUCAGUUAUGGCAGGACUCAUCUUGUCUAUCCUUUCCAGUUACACCUUGGCUUGUGGCUGAAGACUUUAAUUCAAUGUUUGAGUUUGAUGAUCGGCUAGGAGGGCGUGCUGUUUCUGCUGCAGAAAUGGCUGAUGCUCAGAGAUGGAAAUCUAUGGGGUUGGUGGAUGAACUUCAAUCUUUUGGUUCGCAUUACACUUGGACCAAUAACCAAGCUGAUGGGGCUAGAAUAUUCUCUAAACUAGAUCACAUUUUUAAGAAUGAAGCUUGGAUGGAUUUGUUUCCUGAUUCUAUAGCAUUUAUAAAGUGGGAUAUCAUUUCUGACCAUUGUUUUUGUAUUAUUAAAGCUAGUUCAGUUGUGAACUCAUGA